GCCGAGAAGUCCGCCGUCCCCCGAUCAGGGGCCGGCGUGCUCGGCGGGGCUGGCGCCGCCGCGAAGGCCAAGGCCGAGGCGAAAAAGAAGGCCAUGCCCGGGCUCGUCGUCGUCAAGAAGCAGAAGACGGAUUCCGGCGCAAGCCCACCCGCGGUCGCCGAGGAGGCCAAGGACGCCGCGGUCGCGACCACCAGCGGCUCGGCAGCCCCGCCGGCCGACGCGAGCGCCGACGAGGCGGCUGGCGGCGGCGAGGCGGCCGCAGGCGGCAUCGGCCUGGGGGCUUACGGCAGCAGCAGCGAGGACGAGGAGGAGGGGGAGGGCGAGUGA